AUGAGCCCCGAGACCAGCAAUGAAAGACCAAUCAACCAAUCAGGCAUGGCCUGCUCAUUUCCCGCAUGGGGUCCAGCGUUUGCCGGUGUUCGUGGCGCGUUAUCCGCUCUUCGGACGCGCUCGGCGGUGGAGGGUCAUAUUGGUCGAUUCCCGCAUUCCUCACGCCGAGACGCAGGAGCCGCACGACGAUGUCGUCGACGUCGACGUCGUCCUCGUCCUCGUCCUCGGGAGCGCUGUCGUAGAUGGCAUUGUCUGUUCCCGGCUGGCCCCAACGUGGGCAUGGCAUCCCGAGAUUCCAGUGGCCGCUGUCAGCUCCAGCUUCCAGGCCGCAUCUGCGGACGCGUAGCGGGGAAUGCAAGUCGGCACUGGGCGGAGGGAUCGAAGUGUCCGCGGUACAAUCAGCCCGGAGCAAAGAAUGCCGUGUAUUAUUGGAUUGAGCCCGACGAGAGAGCAGUAGAGCAGGAGGCUAGGGAGGUGGUGAAUGCGAUUGCUCUACCAGGCAAUAUCUCGGCGAGGGGACUUCUUGUGGGGGAUGUUUUUGCGGGGAGGUUGGUGGUGGAGGAUGCGUAUGAACAGAAGUUCUUUGUCGAGCUGAGGCGGUUUCAAGAGGCGGUUCGCGAGCACCUUGAGGGCGAAGGUCGAGUGCCGCAGUGGGUAGAAGACCACUCCCUCAUCGACAUCGAAGCGGUUUUCGAGCUCAGCCUCCUCAGAAAGGCGCGCUUCUCGAGCCUGAAGCCAACGAGCGCACGAGCCGCGAAGCAGAGCGAUCUUCUCGGACGGGUUCAAUCGAGAAUUUCGAGGUUCUUCGCCACUCGCAACGACCUCCUUCGAGAUAUCCUGCAGAGCCUCCUUCCGGCGGGAUUCUAUCGGCUCCCACGCGCUGACGAGGCGAUUCUGCAGCACGAGCUCGAUGGGCCUCAGGAUGUCGAGGAAGAGGGUGAGCUGGAAGAAGAGCGAGACGGGAAAGACGGUGAGGAAGGGGACCUCGUCCCACUUACGUUCCCACCCAUCUUCAUCUCAGCCGCCACCCCAAACAUGCUCUACGACUACACCAUCACAAUUCCCCUCACGCAACUCUUCCAGACGUACAAAGCCCACUCCGACAAGACCCAAGAUCAAGAACUCCUCCUUCCAGGACGCAGAAUCGAGGGUACCGUCAAGAUUUCCUUCUCGGGGGACGUCGACGAGCCCUGGAUUGAGCGAGCGUGUAUCGAGGAGAUGGAGUCGGCCGUGCAGGAAAACGGAAACCGGACGAGAGAGUUUUGGGAGGGGUUGAAUGAGCAGACGGGGCUUUUGGCGGAGUUGGUUCAGGUGAUGAUUUCUUGA